GAUGAAGGUGCGACUGAAGUGAUGGAAAUGAAAUUGAAAAAAAAAUUCAAAAGCUUCUUGAGCCCUAAUUCCCUUUCUCCCUCGUCUGCAUCUUCAAUUCCAGAGUUUGGGGAGAAUUCAAGAAAAGAUGGAAGCUCUUUACGCGAAGCUAUACGACAAAUACUCGAAACUGAAGAAGGAAAAGGAGUCCCAGUUUGAUAAAGUGAACUAUGAACAAGAAGUGAAAUUCUUGAAUUAUGAAGCUGCUGCAGAUGAGAUGAUCCAGUACUUGAAAAGUGAGAAUGACAAGCUCCAUGAACGUGUAUAUGAUUUGAAAAAUGAAUUGGCUUCUAUCAGAGCUUCCAGUGAUGAACAACGUAUUCACUUCCAAAAGUUGUUGGCAGAAGAGAAGCAAAAGAAUAAGGAACUCUGUGAAGAAAUUUCAAGGCUCCAGAAAGUUGAACACAAAGAAUGUUCAAGCUACACUAUGCCUAUGGAAAAUGAACAGGAAAAUGUAGACAAUACUCCUGGGGAACAAAUGCAAGGAACAUCUCUCGCAAAAUCAACAAAAAAACGUAAAUUCAUCCAUAUUAGUGAAGGCACAGCUGCUCAGUAUGUUGAUGUUGAAGUUGACUGUCCAUCAGGUCAACUUGUUUCCAGGGACAAAAACAGUGGUGCUCCAAGCAUGCAACAGCCUGCCUGCUGUCAAAGAAUGGCCAACAGUUCAGGUGGUGAUGCUGCAGACACAAGUUCUUUCAGCUGCAUGUUUCAAUAUCUUGUUGAGUUUGUAGUUGGCCUGAAAGUUUCCCCUCUCAUUAAAAGCAACGAACCGUCCAUUUUGGCGCAUCAUCAAUCAAGUGGAUAUUCAUUCAGUUUGACAUGGAUAACAAAUUCUGAUGGAGAAGUGGAACUGCUAUACCGCGUCUCGUCACUGGGGACAUUCGAGAGAGUUGCACCUGAAUGGAUGAAGGAAACGCUCUGGUUCAGCCCCAGCAUGUGCAGUCUCUUUUUUCAGAGGGUUUCCCGUGUUAUCAAUACUUAGAAACACUUUCACAUUUUCUGCUUUAUUUCUUGUCCAUAAUUUAUCAAAAUUGUUGUAGUGCAACUUAUACUCUCUUCACUCUCUCUCUCUUCUCUCUCUCUUUCACUCUCUCUUUGUGAAAUAUAUUCAGUUUACUGCUGUAGAGUAAGCAGAAGAGAUUGCAACUUCAUUGAAUCAACAAAAGUCCAAGAUCCAAGAUACAAA